CCACACAGCCUGUUUGCUUGCCCUUUAUAUUAUUUGAGAAAAAAGGCAUUUCUUAUUAGUACUGUAUGUAUUAGUUGGAAGAAAAAGAAAACAAUUCUUUGCUAGGAACGCAAGAAAGGAAAGACUCAAUCAAAGCCGUCGUCUUUGUCAACUUCCUUUGGCUGUUGGGCUUCCAAUAUCAUUUGAUCUGAUUGCGUUGGGUGGUGAUGCUUCUGCUCCUCUUUAGUUCACCAAAGCAAUACUGUGUCAGUGAUCUCUUCCAUCCAUGGGCGAGUGGGUAGUUGGAGCAGUUAUCAACUUGUUUGGAAGCAUUGCCAUUAACUUUGGAACCAACCUCCUUAAGUUAGGUCAUGAUCAGAGGGAGAAGCACUCUGUGCUGGGUAAUGAGGGAACAGAUGUAAAGGCUACGAUGAAGCCAAUUAUAUACUUCCAAACAUGGAGAGUUGGUAUUCUAUUUUUUGCUAUAGGAAAUUGUCUCAAUUUCAUUUCAUUUGGAUAUGCUGCUCAGUCACUUCUAGCAGCUUUGGGAUCUAUACAAUUUGUCUCAAACAUCGCUUUUGCCUACUUUGUUUUGAACAAAACAGUGACAAUCAACGUACUGGUAGCCACUGCCUUUAUUGUUCUUGGAAAUAUCUUCCUUGUAGCCUUUGGCAACCACCAGUCACCUGUUUACACGCCGGAGCAGUUGGCUGAGAAGUACAGCAACAUUACGUUUCUUCUUUACUGUCUCACUUUGGUCUUAGUUGUUGCUUUACAUCAUUCAAUAUACAAGAGAGGAGAACUAAUAUAUGCUGUCCCUAUGAAUGAAAGUAAGCCAUAUUGGCACAUGCUGCUUCCAUUUUCAUAUGCAGUUGUUUCAGGUGCUGUUGGAUCAUGUUCGGUAUUGUUUGCGAAGUCUCUUUCAAACAUGUUAAGAUUGUCUAUGUCAAGUGGUUAUUCAUUGCACAGCUGGUUCACGUAUUCCAUGCUCCUGCUAUUUCUUAGUACAGCUGGAUUUUGGAUGGCAAGGUUAAAUGAAGGACUUUCACUCUUUGAUGCAAUACUUAUUGUCCCUAUGUUUCAAAUCACUUGGACGUUUUUCUCAAUAUGUACAGGAUUUGUGUACUUUCAGGAAUACCAGGUCUUUGAUGCUUUAAGAACAACAAUGUUUAUUCUUGGAAUGAUUUCUGUGUUUGUGGGCAUUUCUUUGCUUGCGCCAGAUGAAUCAAAAGGAGGUGAAGUGAAGGAAGGUUCUUUAGUUUCAACAACUUCAAAUCUGUCGCAGGAUGAGGAGAGGCUGUUAAUGCCAACUGAAGACUCCCAAAUUAAGGACAUAAGAUCAUUUGGACGAGUUAUGCUGAUGAAAGCUGCUAAUAUGAUUGUCAAGGCAAAGGCUGCAUGUUCAGUAUCACUAGGGUUUGGAGAAGACUCGCUUCAUGCAUCUUCAGUCCUAGUGAUGCCCAUGGUUUCAUCGAAAAUAACAGGCUUCCGAGGAGGUGGCCUUGAUCGGGCUAAACUAUUAUCUGCUCGAGGACAAGGUUGGAGCAAAUUCGCAGUAGAUAAGCAUGGUGAGACAAUGCUGGAGACAACUGCAAUGCUGCCCCAAGGUAUCAACUUGGACUAGGAGGCGUGGCAUUGGUCUGUGGAGACGGACAUGACAAUGUUUACGAGAAACUAUGCCGGACUGUGAGGCAAGAUAUGGACACUUCUGCACUAGCUGCUGGCAGUUGAUAGUUUGAGCUCGCGUGAUUGUUUUUCUAGUGUAAUUAAUGCUUUGGUUUCCUUUGCCUGGUGCAUGUGAUUCUAGCUGCAACUUAAUCAGCUACAUAACCUUAAAAGCACAGAAUUAAAUGAUUCUUUUAAAAAAUGAAAUCUUCUAGCCAUAGUCAAUAACUUCGAUUAAAUGGUGGGAGAGUAUGUAAUCCAACACUAAACACUUGACUAGAAUUAUCUUUAUAUGAGUGUAGUGAAAAAUGAGCACGUUCAGAUGUGA